UAACGUUUCAGCCGAAGAGGAAAUCAACAUUAUAAAAGAAAUAACUAAAGUGCGAUUCAGUCAAGAAUAAGCUCAGAUCUUGAAGAGAGCAAAAGGAAUAAGAAUGCUCACAGAGAAAAUUUGAAACAACUUCGAAGCAAUUCUUAGCCACAGAAAUGUCUUUUAAUGACACAGACUGCACAGUUUAUUGCAACUCCAACUAUGUUCCCUCAACUCGCCUGGAAAAGUCUCCAUCAGGCCUAGAUACCUCAGAAGUGAAAGGUCUUGCAGCUGUUAACACGGCAGCAAGCAUUGUCGGUGCCGUGGGCAAUCUUUUGGUGUGUUUUGUUGUGACGAAAUUCCGUUUUCUAGGAAGGCCGAAAGCAGAACUCUUCAUCGCCAGCUUAGCCGUGGCGGAUUUAUUGGUUUGUGCGUUUGCUCAGCCAAUGUACGUUUUGUUCCUUUAUGACCUGUUACCCACCCAGCUAAACAUGAUCAGAACAGCGGUGACCUGGAUUUCAACGCUGGUCUCCGUCAGCCAUCUAUUUACCAUUUCAGUGGAGCGUUUUCUAUCGCUGUACUUCCUUCACCGACACAGUUUCUUCAUCAGGGAUCACACUAUCUGGAAAUCAAUUGUUUUCACAUGGCUCAUAGCAGUAAGCUUUGGGGCGCCGGCAUCAACUCUGAGAAAAGCGCGUCACAUUGCACAAUACUAUGUAAUUGCAGUCUUGUUAAUUAUGCCUGUUUUAUACGCCGGACUAUUUUACAUUGUGCGACUUCAACAGCAACGAAUUAGGAAACAAAUACCAGCGAAAAAACUUUCUAAUUCCCAAAAAAGCUUCACAAAAGAGCGAAGGACUCUCCACAAGAUAGCCGUGGUCGUUGGGGCAUUUUAUGUCUGCAUUACACCGCUCAUCGUUCUACCGUUUUUCUUCAGUGUUGGGGCGUCGCCGGCUGUGGUCAAGAACGCCAAACGCGCCUUUCCCUGGGUCAACACCGUGGCGUUAUGUAAUAGUUCUUUAAACCCAUAUGUCUAUUACUGGAGAAGUUGGCAAUUUAGGUUGGUGAUCGACAAGAUACUGCGAAGAAUAAUAGAAAAGAAAUGAACGUGCCACUGGAAAAGAAAACGACAUCAGAAUCAAACAGGAUGAACCGUCAAACGUCAUGAUGCGAUACUUUUUUCAUAUUCAGAAACUCACAUCAAAACAAGAUGUUAACGAAAAUUUUAUGCAGAGUCGCGUGCUAUCUCAAGUAUUAUUUUAAUGAUAAAGAAAAAAGAAGCGCAGGAGGUGGCAUGUGGUAGUCUGCCGAAACCUUUGAUUGUCUUUUGUCAAAAGUGCGGCUUUUGAUAGCUGCACACGGCGAUGAAAUCUCGCGGAUUUGUGUUGUUAAAAAUUAAUGACAUUAAGCUUCCGAAAGUCAUUUAAAACUUGAGAGAUAAGUUUGUAUGUACGUGAUUUGAAUACAGAAUCAUGCAUACGAAAGAGCCAACUUGUCAGCAGAAAUAUUAGCAUCUGAUGGAUUUUUU